GUCCGACGCUGCAGAGAACCAGGCGGGAAAUUUACCCGGAAAUCGAGCCGGAGAAAGCGCAGGAGGUGGCGUCCCAGCAGCCACAAGUAUGCGUUGUCGGGGAUCUGGUUUACGGGGCAGACGAACCUGUACCUGCAGAUCAACCCUGCCUGAAGUGCAAAUGUCAACCUCCUGGGGUUCAUUGCGAAGCCACGAGAUGCCAGAAGAAACCUGGAUGCAGGGCUAUUCAUAAACCUAACACUUGCUGUCCAGAUUACCAAUGCGAAUGCAUCCACGAAGGGAAGACUUAUGGGAAUGGGGAAAGGUUGGAGCAAAAGCCGGGGACCGAAUGCAAAGUUUGUUAUUGCCGUGGCGGUGAGGUGCAAUGCGCUGAAGUUUCCUGUUACAUAAGGAACGAUUGCGAAGGUCGCCAAGUUCCAGGGAAAUGUUGUCCCAAAUACGACCAUUGCCCUCCGAGAGAGCCCUUGGGAGAUAGGACGCAAUACCCGAUGGAGAUCAUCAAUGCCACGAAAGAGGUGACGGCUGAGAACGAAAUCAAUGAAACUACAGAAGUGAUUAAAGUGGAUAAAGCUGUGCAAACUGAGACGCAGAAGAUCACCAUUCAGGAAAUUAUACCGGAAAUCAAGGAGAUCCCAAUUACAAAUUCACCAAAGCAAGAGAUCGGUCAAUUGAUCGUGGAGGAGGCUAUAAAAACGGAGAAGCUCAAAGAGAUCCUCAACACAUCUGAAAGCAACGAAUUGGCUAUUCCUGAUGUCGAAUCGGAUUCCAGCGAAGUCGCAGAAGUGUACCAAACACCACCACCAGUUUUAGUGCGAGUAGGAGAUCAACUCUUGUACUUCGACAAGGGAGAAUUGAUUAAGAACAAGGACGACUCAAGCACUCCAUCAACUGUAAUCACCAUUAUUGGUGCUGAAGGUUUGCAACGCGGAUUUGAAGACAGCGUUGAAAACCAUGAGAUCCAAAAAUUCGAAACCGAUAAUACCACGCACGAAACGACAAGUCAAGCUUCGAGCAUAGCUUCAGAAACCACUCAGAAUCCUGAAAAUGUAACUUCAGUGAUGGACGCAGUCCUAAACCCAAACGAUACUUUGGAAUUAAUCGAAUUGUCCGAUAAUUCAACUGAUUUCAACGCUACCGAAAAACCACAGAAACCAACAACCGAAGAAACUACAAUUCACGAUACCAACCCUGAAUAUCCUCCACUUCCCGAUGUGAUGAGCCACAUGCAUAUUGAAGACGAUCAUUUAUUUACUGAAAUUACUCAAAAAUCAAUGAUUGAGGCUAUCAGCCAACAAAACAAUUCUGGAGCUAACUUAACCAGCUCCGAGAUUUUAAGGAAUAUCCUAGUUAAUCCAGCUGCGGCUUUACCUGAAAGCGUAUUGAAGAUUGUAGCCGAAAGCGAUUUAGAAGACUUGGAGACUACAACCCCUGUGGAAUUUGGAGAAGCUCUCACCAUAAACGAGUUUUCGCAGAACAACUUGAAAUUGCUCGCGGAAGAGCGUUUUGAUGAAUUGGUUUCCACGCAGAAAUCCGUUGAGAGUUUGGAGGAGAGUACGAACUCCGGAACAGAGAACGCGAGCGUCGAGGAGGAUAUGAAAUAUUUCAACGUUUCCGAUUUAGUGGAAAUCCUACCGGGCGUAACGACGCAAACUGUGCGUAGUUUAGAAACUGAGUCUACUACUGAGAAUUACAAGAAGAAGGAGGUGGAGAUGGUCGAUGUUGAGUUAUUGAAGAGGAAUGCGACGCACGAGGAAAACGCGAAGAUAACUAAAUUGAAGCGUGAGAAUAUGGAAGAUGAUAAGAUUUUUGAAGAGUUGGAUCGCGAGAUCAGCUUGGUUGCUGGAGAUGUUAAGGAGGGGAAGAGUGUGGAUGAGGAGCAGAAGGAGGCGGAGAGUAUUUUUAAGGAGUUGAUGGGGGAAUCCGAGUCUAGUACCACGAAGAAACCGUUGAAUCUCCAAGGGAAGGAACGGGAAUCCGCAGUGCUUCAGAAGGUGAGCGAGGCCAUAGCAAGGCAUCCUCUGCGGGAUAACAGCAAGCAAUCCUUGGAUUCGAGAAUCCUGGGCAUCUUGAAGGACUUUUUCAACACGCACUACAGAUCUUACAAGAAUUGAAGUCAUUAUUAAUAUUAACGAUAAUCGUCUUAGCAUUUAACGUAUACAUAUAUACAUUUAGGAUACUAUUUCCUCUUUUAUCUCUUUCUCUCCAAUA